GUGACGCUAGCGGGGGCGGGGCUAAGGGAGAGUCUAGUCGUUGUCCCUCUAGCCAGCGAACUAUGGCGGGUGCUACUCUGGAGGAACUGGCUCCUGGGCUAGAAGAAGAAGAGGAUGAAGAAGAGGAGCAAUUGGUCAUGGUGGAAUUAUCAGGAAUUAUAGAUUCAGAGUUUUUAACAAGAUGUGGAAACAAAUGCAAGAUUUUGGGAAUUGACACAGAGAGGCCUAUUCUUCAAGUGGACAGCUAUGUCUUUGCUGGGGAAUAUGAAGAUACUCUUGGGACUUGUGUUGUAUUUGAAGAAAAUCCAGACCAAGUUGACUCAGAAGGUAACCAUAAAACAGAGCUGAAAUAUAAAUGCCACACAAUGAAGAAGCUGAGUAUGACAAGAACACUCCUGACAGAGAAGAAGGAGGGAGAAGAAAACAUAGGUGGUGUAGAAUGGCUGCAGAUCAAGGACAAUGAUUUUUCAUAUAGACCCAACAUGAUUUGUAGUUUUGCACAGCAAAAGGAAGAUGAGGAAGUUGCAGCUCAAGCCCCAGACAAAACUUUGGAAAUAGAAGACCAGGAAAUACAAACCAAAGAGAACACAGGCUUGGGCAAUGAACUGGAAAAAUCAGACCACUUGGAAAUAGAGGAUGCUGGGCCUCUUCUUGACAGCCCUUCUUCUGAGACAGAAGAUUCUACUUCUAUGGAAACUCAGGAGCCUACCUUGGAAGCCACUCCUAGGUGACGACAUUCCUAUAGGUUCUAACCAUGGGCAUAACUGGAGUUCUGAUUUUGGAGAAUUGAGUAUAUAGCUUUUAUUUCUUCAUGGAUUCCACAUCUAUUGGCCAUACACGAUAGUACAGCUGCAUAUAUUUGGAUAAGUCAGGCCCAAACAAAAAUCAGACGAUUCUUCAGAAAAAAAUUUUUUUUAAGAACUUUUCUUCAGAUUCUCUAAAUUAGAGAAGUUGGCUGAAAUGGGUAUUGUAUGCAGGCAAAGACACUAUUUCCUGAGGACUUAAAGGACUAAUGGGAGCUUAAGUAGAGGCAUCCAAGGCAUAACAUAAUUACAUAUUUAAACCUUUCCUCUGAGAGGAUAACCAGGAAAAAUUCUAGUACUUACUGGAGAGGAUUCUAUCUCAUCCUACACUUGUAAGAGGGAAAUAGAUUUCUUACACACUUUGUUUUGUACUAAAUGAUUUUACUUUUUUUAACUAUGGAAAUCCCCUCCAUAUUGCUGAUACAACUCCCAUCCUUUAUCUCUUCCCCAUUCUUCAACUUAAUUUUAGAGAGUUGUGAGAGGCCCUCAGAGGUUAAAUGAUUUAUCCAGGAGUCCUAUAGAUAGUAUGUCAGGUAGGAACCUGAGACUUCCUGAUGCUCAAGGCUUUCUCCUCUAGUAUCAUGAUUCCAAAGCUCUAUCUUGGAAAGACUAGCUAAAAUUUAAUUUUCAGAAUUGUUAUAGACUUAUGCUCUUAUAACCAUGAUGGUGAACCUGUUGCAUGUAUGUCAAAGAUGGCAUGCAGAGACUUCUCUGUGGGCACA